AUGUCGGAUAAGAAUGGUAUGGCAAUCUUGAACGAGCCAUUACAUGGUAUAGUGAUUCCAAGUAUACUUUUUACCGUUGGCCUUGGUCUGCUGACAUAUUUGACGGAAGAUGUAAAAUAUCUCACAAUAGGUAUCACAGCAUUAGUGCUUUUCCUAUCAUCAAGAACUUACAUCGCAUUCUCUCGGAGAAAGUCUAUCCAUGAAUCUAAAUGGAAUCCAUUAGAGUUGGAAGAAAAAACUAUUAUUACUAAGAACACUGCGCUUUAUCGCUUUAAACUUAGAACCAGUUUAGAGACUCUAGACGUUCCUCCAGGAUACCAUUUAGCUGUAAAGGUGCCAGUCGAUGGUAAAGAUCAAAUUAGAUAUUAUACACCAAUUUCCAAUAAGUUUGCAGCUGGGUAUUUUGAUAUAUUAGUUAAAUCCUACAAGGACGGUAAGGUCUCUAAAUGGUUUGCGGGUUUGAAACCUGGCGAUACUGUGGAUUUCAAGGGCCCAGUAGGUAGGUUUGGUUAUACCACUAACUCCUCUAGGCGGAUUGGAAUGGUUGCUGGAGGUUCUGGUAUUACACCUAUGUUAAGCGUUCUUAAUGAGAUUGUCACUACACCCGAAGAUUCCACUAAGGUAAGUCUUAUUUAUGCUAACCAGACUGAAAAUGAUAUAGCUCUAAAAGACGAGUUAGACGAACUUGCUGAGAAGUAUCCUAACUUUGAAGUCCAUUAUGUUUUAGACAGCCCAAGUGCCGGAUGGGAAGGCGAUGUCGGAUAUGUUACUAAGGAACUUAUGAUGAAAUAUUUGCCUCCACCAUCUGAAGAUAACAGAUUGGUAAUUUGUGGGCCUCCACAGAUGAAACAAUUAGUUCUAGACCUUUCAGCAGAGAUUGGCUGGCCUAAAGGUAUGAUGAAAUCGAAACCUGAAGAUAAAGUGUUCGUUUUCUAG